UAGUAUUUUUUAAUGUUUAUUCCACAGCUCCACUAUUCACAACAGAGGAUGUUGUUGCUGCAAGAACCCCUGUUGGUUGUUGGUGCUUUCUAUCUGUUAUUCCUUACUGUUAUUGUUCUUGUGAGAUUGGACUUCUCCAUUACCAAGGAUGAAGCUAACGAGACACGUAUGAAGGUUGCAAGUUUAGUGGAGCAAGUAAUUAAAGCGCAAGACACGCGAAGUGAACUGUUUAAACGUUACGAAAAAGCUAUCACUGAUUUCAAAUCUAGCAAAUCUCAGUCUGCUUUCCAAGCUGCUGUCAAGAAGAUCAACACACAAUUAAAGGAGGUUGCCCAGAAUGUGGCCAGCAUCCAGGCAUCCGUCAAGCAACAGAAUGAAGUUGCAGAAAAGGUGUGUUGAUUUAUUAUAGAG